AUGAGAAGCAGCAAAAGCAUCAGCCCCUUGUUGAAAAAACAAAAGCCACGAAGGGAGCAAGAUGUCUACAUAUGCAGAGCUGCUGGAAGGCUCCAGCACAUGGGAAUGAACAAUUUCCAAGCACAAACACCCGAAGAACCAAGGGAUAUUAACGUGCAAGCUGUCAGGAAGAGAAGCACCCUUCGAACCAGCAUACAUACCCCUAUUCCUUUCCUUAUCAGACCUGGCCAUGGAAAAAGGAAAGAAAGAAAUGAAGGAGAUGGCUGGGAAUGGAAGUCUCCCACUGAAACAGCUGCGGGAAAGGGGGCCUUGAGCUCCCAAAAAUCUCUACUAGGCAGAGGAAAUUUCACCAAGAUCGGAAAAGUCAAGUGA